AUGAAACCUGCUGGUUGGGAGACGGAUGUCUACGAUGUCUCACAGCUUGGAGUGCCAAUCUCACCAGUCACACGGUUCUACCUGCUAUCGUCAUUCCUGGCAGCCAGCAGCAGUGAGGAGCAGUUCCCGAUCUCGCGGUCUGCAGACAGCGGCUUUGGAUUCAUCCAUCG